CGUGCUGCCGCCAACAGCUGUUUUUGCAAGAUAAACAUUUUGAAAAAGUGAGCACUAUUAUACAAUUUCGGACGUACAAUGGAUAAGGAGAAUUUAGUGAAGCACUAUUGGGAUUGUGCAAGUGCAUUAGAGCCCGAGACGCACACACAUAAAUUACUAAAAUCAUAUUAUAUGACAAUAUGCCGGAAGCUGGCGAAAUCAAGCAUCUCCAUGCCGAAGGAAAAGUUCUCGCGUAACAUGAUGUGCCGCCAUUGCUCUAGCAAAUGGAACGAGUCAGAUUUCCAAAUGAAACUGAAGCCACAACAAAUAGCACAUAGCACCAAGGCUAGGAAACAAAUAGAAAAGCUAUACGAUGCCAAAAAGAGUACAGAAAAUCGAAGAGCGCUUACAAGGAAGCAGCGUAAAAGGGCAAAAUGGUUAAGCAAGCGCGUGCUAAAUAGCGUGGAAAUACAAUGCGAACUGUGUAAACAUAAGACCAAAUUGCCAAUGCAAAAACCAAGCAGAAAAGAGCGUGACAGUAAAAUGACGGAAGUCACAGAGUUGGACGAGAUACUUGUACCUGAAACCGUGACGCCUGCUCCGGUUAAGAAUAAAAAGAAAAAGAAAAAAAAUAAGGAUAAAACUGCCGGUCUUAAACUUGACAAAGUGCAAGUUAAUGCAGCUAAAAUAUCAGCACCAAAUAAGGAUGUAGCUCCAACGAAACCCCAUACUAACGCUGCUAGCAUAACAACUGACACACCAAAAGGAGCAGCUGCAAAUGCAAAACCACAAUCAAAUAAUAAAAGUGCCAACAAAGCAGAUGCUACAAAAAAGCAAGCAAAACCCACUGCCAAACUAAGUCAGCCACUAAAAGCUAAGAAGAAAAAUGCCAAAGCAGCUGCAGCGCCGAAUAUACAAUCAAAGACACAACAGAAAAAUUCAUUGUUACAACUGGCAGCUAUGCUGAAAGCGCAAACGGCAAACAAAUCUGGCGAGAAUUCGGCGCAUAGACGGCUGGAAUCGUUACUUAAAUAGCUGUCUACCUCGUUUGAAAUAUUCUGGACAACGCUAGAUUGUGCAACUACCUCUUGGAUUUAUAUGGGUAUACAAGGCCUAUAAAUAUGAUAUUAUGUAUGUAUGUAUGCCCAUACAAAUGCAUCUGUAUUUAUUUGCAUAUGUUGCGACAGUUGUUAAAGUCCGCUCAUA